CUCAAACCAAACACGUCAAACCUCAAUAACCCAGCGAACAUAUAGACAGUUAGAUAAGCAGACACAGAGACAAUGGAGUUGCUCUAUCUCCUAUUUUCUAUCUUCUCCACCACACUCACCACCCUCGCUCUCUCACUUUUCCUCCCCUUCCGCCUCCUCUUUUCCUCACGCGCCGCCCCACCUUCCUCAGUAUCUCUCUACCAAGGCACUGUUUGGCACCAGCGACGCCGUCCUGUACACCAUUCUUUCAACUACUCUGUUCGUUAUGCUCUUUAUGAGCUCAACCAUGACUCUCACUCCCCGUCCGAUCAUUUCUCCGCUGAUGAAGCUCGUACCAUCGCCAAAACUAAUGGCCCUGUUUUUCUCUUGACUAUUCCUCCUAGUGUUGGAUAUGAGCAAAAUCCACUGAGUAUUUACUAUUGUUAUGACAUAGAAGGCUCUUCUAAGAGUUUGAAAAAGUGCAUUGCCGAGGUGACAAAUACACCAUGGGGAGAAAGGGUAUCAUUUUUGUUUGAUCCAAAUGUUGAUGUAGUUGCAAAGCCACUUCAUGUUAGUCCAUUUAUGGAUAUGCAUGGAAGUUGGAAAAUUAAAACAAGUGAACCUGAAGAUAAUUUGCUUGUGGAAAUUUCUGUUCAGCAUCCCAAGCUUGGCAACUAUUUUAGUGCCUCCUUGGUGGCCAGAAGAGUACCAUCAUCAGCUACUGACCAUGCACUCUUCUUUUGGUUGAUGCCGCAUAAAGUUGCAUUGUGGAUAUACUGGCAUGCUCUCAAGCUGUGGUGGAAAAAGGUUCAGUUCAUACAACACCCAAGAUAUAGCAACCCAGCAUACAAGGAAGAAGCUAUGGCUCGUGAUAUUAAGCUUUCAUCCUGUACAGCGUUUGCAUCUGAUUCACAAUAUAAAUCUGAAGCUAAUCCUGUUACAGAAUUGAAGGACAGGAGUGCAGAGGGUCACUUAUUUAAAUGGCGAGAUGCCAAGUGGCCCUGGUGCUGAAUACAAAACUGAACUGCACUUGCUGUGAAUGCUACUGCUAUAUUGUUGUAAGGAACUACACUGGAGCUCAAUUCAAUUCUUCAAAGUAAAUAAAGUCACUGCUUACGCCGCAAUUUGGUCCUCAAUUCUAUAGUUUUAUUAGUUCUAGUCCAAAUUCUCUUGUGUAAUAAUUUGUCGCAAAGUGUAUGAGGUGAAGCCAUUGCCACCUCUAUUCUGCAUUCUAAGAAAUCAGGGUCUUCCACAUAAAGUAGUAAAUUUACACUCAAGCAUUGGAAAACUAGUAACGUUUAGCAUUGGUAAUAGGCACUUGCAUAUUACUCAA